AUGCAGCUCUCCAUGCUACUCUCCUCCGUCGCGCUGGCCGCCGUCGCGACGGCCCAAGCUCCCGUGACUUCGUUGCAGGCCAUCGUGUAUCGCGACCCGCAGUUUGUUGGGCCGUCGCAGCAAAUCACCUCGGCGGACCGGUGCAUUGUCCUCGACCGCAACACCAUGUCUGCCGAGGUUGGUUCCAUUGAAAUCGCGUCGGGCGUUGUCUGCACCACCUACUUUGACCCCGAGUGCCAGAACCCGAAUCAGCGCCUCGGAGGCUCAGUGUCCAAUAUCUCGGGCGCGCGUGAUGCGCAGUCCAUUCUCUGCCAGGGUCAAAGAAAGCCGUGGCUAUAAAGGGAGUUAGGAGUUGGGUGGACCGAGGCUUUGCGUGGCAUCGGGCGAGGGGGGCAGGCUAGUAUUAUUAUACCUGUCAAGCAAG